AGACAUAUACAUAACAGGUAGCGAGAUGUCGCUUGUUCCCCGCACCCCACACACCCCACACACCCCUAGUGACCCCAGAUCCUCACCAUGUCGAGCACCAUGGUGCCGCGUCCCGCCCUUCACUCUGUCCGGUUCGAAUUUGCGGAGGACUUCAUUGAUGAAAUGAAGCCGUAUGACAGUCCCUUCAUGACCUUCACCCUUGGCAUGGCCAUGGAUUACGUCUCGUCCCCCUCCUCCAAAAGCAAAGACCCAAACACAACACCAAAAAUUCCCCCAGAGAACGGCACGUUCCACGCGAUCUUCGACGGCGACCGCCUCAUGUGCGCAUCCCUCCCUUUCCUCUCGCUCCUCACACUCACACUCAUGCACCACCACGCAGACUAGUCCUCAUCCGGACUCCCCUACGACCCGCCCACUUCCUCGGCUA